AUGCCCGCCCCUCCACCACCUCCGCCCCCUCCCCCGAUGCCAGGCUUUGGCGGGGGCCCGCCGCCUCCACCACCGCCGGGAGGCAUGCCCGCACGUCCGUCUGGAGGUGCUGCCAAAGGCAGAGGAGCGUUGCUCAGCGACAUCAACAAAGGCGCCAAGUUAAAAAAGGUCGCGCAGGUCAACGACCGCUCGGCACCCCAGGUCGGCAAGGUGCUCGAUGGGCCGGCCAAGCCCACAAUGGGCGCUCCGCCCGUGCCCGGCAUGGGCAAGCCCCCCGGCGCACCACCCGUGCCAGCAGCAGGCAACCGGUCACGAAGCAGCAGCGCCGUCAACGAUGCGGGCGCCGCAGGAGGUGCACCUCAGCUGGGUGGUCUCUUUGCCGGCGGCAUGCCCAAGCUGCGUAAAACGGGAGCCGGCAUAGACACGGGAGCCGGCGACUCGGACACGCCCUCACGCUCAGCACCACGCCCGCCAGGGGGCGCACCGCCUCGUCCUCCAGCAGCACCACCCGCUCCGCCCGCCGCGCCUCCUCGUCCGCCCCCCUCCGUCGCCGAGCUGAAGAACACGCUGCGCCCCAGCUCUCUCCACUCGACGGGCUCGGCGCCCGCGGUCCCAAGCUCGAAACCCAAACCGCCCCCCGUAGGAAAGAAGCCGCCCGUGCCGCCCUCGACGCGCAAACCCUCGAGCAUGGCGCCCCCGCCGCCUCCACCGCCAGGAGCCUCAGCAUCCACACCGCCCGCCCCGCCUCCACCACCGCCACCCGCGCCCCGCCCCCCCGCGCGCUCCACGCCGCCCCCGCCCCCAGGCCCACCCCCACCCCCAACAAACGGCCACGGCGGGCCAUCUCUCGCCGCGCAAGCCGCGCGCAACGCCUUCGGCCGCUCCUCGCCCGCCGCACCACCGCCACCCCCGCCCGCCUCCCCACCCGCGGCGCCCUCUUCUCCGCCCGCAGCCCCGCCACCACCACCGUCUGCUGCGCCGUCCGCGCCGCCGGCGCCCCCGCCCCCGCCCUCGCCCGCCCGCCCGCACCCCAUUUCGGCGCAGACGAUGCCGCUGCCGCCGCCGCCGCCGCCGGGCGGGGCGCCCAGCCCGGCGCGCACGAUGGACGCGAGCGCCUUCACGCUGAAUGGGAGCGGGGGGCAUGGGAGCGGGUCGGGCGGGCGCGCUACCCCUGUCAGUGCGAACAUGCUGCGGAUCCAUGACGGGCGGUGGAAGUUCCAGGACGAUGCGCAGUUGCCCAAGCCGCGCGAGUUUAGUGCUGGGGUUAAGAAGUACCGUGCUGGGAGGGGGAGUAGCGUGCCGUUGGAUUUGAGCGUGUUGGAGUAG